CUCGCCGCACAUCUCCUGUCGCCGUCGCGGCUUCCGGUGCUAGGUGGAGGGAAGGAAGGAGGGGAGCCGGGGAGCGGGCCAGCGGACCAGCGUUGCCGCCACGGUCGGCUCGGGGAGCAGGAGGCAGCGGCCCGAGAGCCAAGCGGAACCUGCGGGGGCGGAGGUGGCGGUGGCAGCCGCGGCGCCGGGAGCAGGAACAGGAUCAAGCUCUCCAUACCAGGGACCAGGCUAAACCAGACUACCACUGCCCCGACCUAGGCCCCAUUGACCUCAGAAAGCAUCCACUGGAAUCAUGGGCAAUAUCUUUGGAAACCUUCUGAAGAGCCUAAUUGGGAAGAAGGAGAUGCGCAUCCUGAUGGUGGGCCUGGAUGCUGCAGGGAAGACCACCAUCCUGUACAAGCUGAAACUGGGAGAGAUUGUCACCACCAUUCCUACCAUCGGGUUUAAUGUGGAAACAGUGGAAUAUAAGAAUAUCAGCUUCACAGUAUGGGACGUAGGUGGCCAGGACAAGAUUCGACCCCUCUGGAGACACUACUUCCAGAACACCCAAGGCUUGAUAUUUGUGGUUGACAGCAAUGACCGGGAACGAGUAAAUGAGGCCCGAGAGGAGCUGAUGAGGAUGCUAGCAGAGGACGAGCUCCGGGAUGCCGUGCUGCUCGUGUUUGCAAACAAACAGGAUUUGCCCAACGCUAUGAACGCUGCAGAAAUCACAGACAAGCUGGGGCUGCAUUCUCUGCGUCACCGCAAUUGGUACAUUCAGGCCACCUGUGCUACCAGCGGGGACGGGCUGUAUGAAGGCUUGGACUGGCUGGCCAAUCAGCUCAAAAACAAGAAGUGAGAGCCAGGCAGCCCUCUCUGACUACCCCACCCACUCCUGACACGUACCUGCUGUCUCCCUACCCCAGUUUACCCUAUCCUUCCUCUUGAAAGUGUGGUCGAGGUCCUGGGUAUUGUGUCUACAUGCCCAGAAAGAGCCUUGCCUCUGUGCCUCCCUUCCUCCUUCCCUGUCCUCUGACACGAUCAGUCCCCAACCGCUGUCCUGAUGAUAAGUCAUUCCAAUUUACUGGAUUUAAAACAAAUGAGGCUGUUAUGGUUUCAUGGGGAGGAAGAGUGGGGUGUUCUCUCUGUUUGCUGUUUGGCACUGGUUGCUGUGCCCUUGGCAUCUGAGCCCCUUCCCUGUCUCCCUGGCCACCCUCCUCCCUGUCUUCCUUUCCUUCUACACCCUCCUAUUCUACAUGAAAUUGCACGGGCCUCUCUGUGUGUGCGUGCAUGUGUGCGCCUGUAUAUAUGUGUAUAGAGAGAUAUAUAUGUGGGGUCAGGGAGGGGGAGGGAGUGGAGUGCAGCUCAGGGCUUGCAGCCAGGAUGGACACUGCCCAGUGGCGCCUGUCACCUGCCCCUUCUGUGUGGUGAGAUAAAGGGGAAAAUGUGGGUGGGUCCCAUUGCCUUCCUCUCUGCAGGUGGUGUUCCUGGAUGUCAGGACAGAUGGUGGACACUGCAACCGUCUUCCUUAUAUUUCUUCUCCACCCUUAUGAUCGUAAGAAAUGGCAUUUAUCUCUAGAUGACUGUUCCUAAGGGUUAGAUCCAUUCUACGCUGCCUCGUUGGUAGGGAAGAGAGAGGAACCCACUCACUUCCAUCAGUCCGGAGUGUUCUGUUGGUCCUCCUCCACCAUAUAAGAUCUACUCCCCAGGAGCUCAGAGGGAGGUGGCUUAGUGGGGCCUGCACGCCAGAGGGUGGAGUUGGGUCUGUUUCCCAUCUUGUUCUUGUUACUGGAAGGUAAGGCAUGGAGCAGUCCUGCUUCUGCUUGCUGCACCUUCCUCUGUCUUCUGAUCUUGGGGCUGGGUGGCUCCCUCUGUCCUUGUCAGAUUUUCUCACCUAGUUGUCUGCUGGGCUGCUGAGGACUGACCAGGUGAGGUAACGAGAAGCCACGGAGUGGGGGUGACAUAGCAGACCUCAGUAUCAACCCCUAUGCUCCAGUCCCUUUCUAGUGCAGGGCCAGCUAAAAGAUGAUUUUCUGCUGUUGGCGGCCGCAGACUGUCCCUGCUGCACUCGCCACCUCCUUCCUGGCAGCUUUCCUCAGCUCUCACACACUUUGUGACAGUUCCAGGGGGUUGGAGUGGAGGAGUCGGGACCCUGUGUGGUUGGUGCUGGGACAGUGAUCUGCAGGGCCCUACCUCCAUCCUGCUGUGGUUGUUCAGGCGCUGCUGCGGGUCUGCAGGGGCACUUGUUCUCAGCCUCUGACCUGGGUCCUGAUACAGUCAUUGCAGUGGAGCUAUGGCUGCUUUGUGGGCUCCUGUGUGUGCUGGCUGCGCCCUGAGCUCCCAACCAUCGGCCAUAACCUCCCUGCCAAGGUCAGGACCCUGAGCCCUCUCCAGCAUGGCUGAGGGACCCCUUCCCAGGGCUGUUCUGAGCUCCACUCUGGCCAGCCUUCCUGCCAGCUUUGUGUACAGCAGGCGGUCAGUUCCCCAGCUUACCUGCAGAUGAGCUGUGAGAGGUCCCAGGGGUGUCGCUCAGUGCACUCGGGCUGUGUUACUAAACCCCAGAUGCCACAUGGGUGUGUACUCUGAGUGUGUGUGUGUGUGUGUGUGUGUGUGUGUGUGUGUGUGUGUGUGUGUGUGUGUGUGUGUGUGUGUGUGUGAGUGUGAAUGUGAUGUGUACAUGGGGUGCCGGGAAUUCUGUUUCAUUUUAAAAUGGAUUACUCUCUCUCCGGACACUACCCUCCACAAUUUCUUUGCUGUUUCCUGGCUUUUCCCACCUCUGUUGCCACUCUAUGAACUCUGCUUUGCCUUCUCAGUUCUUUCACCAUUGUUGCCUGUCUGGUUUUCUUUCCUUGUUUUUGUCUUCUACUUGACUUUCUCUUCUAUCUUCAUGAUUGGUGAGGACUUUACCUCUUUCUCUGCCACACCUUCUGACCUUCCCUUCUUAGAUGCUAGUUACAAAUAGGUUUUGUAUAUUGCAGGCCUCGUUCCACUCUUCCACCACCCCCCUAGCAUCUCGUUUUUCUCAGCCUCCUAGGACCAACCUGAGGCUGAGCAGGCUGAAGCAGCCUUGGAUGUUGCCAUGGUGCUGCUCCAGAUAAGUCCAGCAGGGGGCAGUAACAUCUUGGUAGCAUCUCUGGCUGGCGGGGGGGGGGCACUUUCUAUAUUCCCAUUCACCUAACAGGUCUUUGGGGGUUGGAAGUUCCAUUCUAUUUCUGUAAACUCCCUUUCCUGCUUUUCUCAAGUUGGUUUAAUUUUUGAUCUUCCUAGUUCCAGCGUUCUGGGGAUUCCCCCUUCCCUCCGCCUCCAAAGUUUGUGAUGUUAUAGUGGUAUCUGCAGUUAUGAAGUGGGUUUUUCUUUUUCCUUUCUCUGGAAUGUAGACUGUGUAUGUUUAAUAACUCACCUUCUCUACCCUUGCUCAGAAAUGUGGGACAAUGCAAUGACUGUGACCCUGGUUGGCAAUUAAACUUGUCUUACGCAGUCCUGGAGGAGACCUUCAUGCUGUGCGGCAGCUGUGUGGCAGCGGGAUGCUCCGAUGCUGGUCCCUGUCCUUCUCUGCAGAGGUGGGAGGGCAUGCUGCAGUGGGUGGAGAAGAAGUCAUGGAGGAACUUAGGCCUGUUGGGAACACUGAUUGUGAGUCGUCCUUCCCGUCACACCCAGAAGGAAGUCUAAAUGAGCCAAGCACCAGCGUGUGAGGGCUCUAGGACUGACUGACUCUGAGGGGCUCAGCCCUGAACCUAGCUCUAUUUACCACCUGCUGAUAGACUGCAGGGCAGUGGUUCUCAGCCUAUGAGUUGAGACCCUGUGGGAGUUGAAUGACCCUUUCACAGGGGCUGAAUAGCAGAUAUCUCACAUAUCAAAUAUGUACACUAUGAUUCAUAACAGUAGCAAAGUUACAGUUAUGAAGUAGCAGUGAAAUAAUUUUAUGGUUGGGGUCACAGCAUGAGGAAGUGUGUUAAAGGGUCAUGGUAUCGGGAAGGGUGAGAACCACUGCUUCAGGGACUAAAGCAAUUAGAGGGCCCUGAACUUGGAGAGCCCCUUACUUCCUCUAGUCUUAGAUCUUUCCAGCCCUGGAAAUUAGGUGUGUGUAGUCCGAACAUGGCCACCCUGUGCAUAGAUUGGCGUUUUCUCACCCAUCUGAGCCUGGAUUUGAGGAGUAAGCACAAAGAGCAAACAUCUGGGCAGUAUAAAAACUUGGUCUGCUUGUCAGUGCCGUGCCCUGUACAGCUAGCUGUGUUUGAGUUGUGUGGGUUCCCGUGUCAGUGCUAACCCUCAUCCAGAAACUCCACAGAUGCCCUGGGUGACACAUCUUUUCUUCCACUUUAUUUCCUCUGCUGCCAUCACUGUCUGACUCCACAUACAGGGAAGGGAUGGUGAGCGGGGAAGCCCCUCCCUCUUGCCCCUUGCUUCGGUACUGAGUUUGAGAGCCACAUGCUACUAUGAAUUUUUAAUUGAUACGCAGUUUCCUCCCCAUUUCUUUCCCUGCUAGUUUUCCUUUCAGCCUUUCUCCUGUCACCAAUUCAUCACUUUUCAAAAACCAGUGCUGUUUGCUCCUGUCUCUGGCUUCCAAACCACUGAGCCACGCAUCCCUUCACCGGCCCUGUGUUUUUAAGUGUUACUCACUGUCCUUCCUCCAGGCUCCCUCAGCUCUUAGUUAGGAAUGCCUUUCUCAAGUUCUUUGUUUAUUUAUUAAUAAAUAGAUCACUUUCUGAACUGCA